AUGAAAUGCUGCAGCUUGCUGUGGGACUUCUUCGGACCGUCCUGGGUGUCAUCAGUACAAUCUGCUUCAAUAAGUUACUGGUUGAUCGCAGCCAUUGGUGAGGAUGCCGCAGCUGCGGUGGAAGCCGCUGGCUACGGCGAUCGUUGCAUUCUGUUUCCGAAACCUGCAAAUGAGUCCUCCGAGACCGCAAUUCCCGGGCGGGGGAAGCGCCACCGCCACCACCACCGCGGUGCUGCCACCUCCGCCACCUCCACCACCGGCACCAGCACCAGCAGGUCUGACCACUCCGCCUACCGCUGGCUCAGCGCGGCGUGGAAGGGCGCCACCUGGGGCAAGGUGGCGGCCGUCACCGCCCUCGUGGAUCUGGGUUUCGAUGUCGUACACUCAGACGUAGACGUCUCGUGGUUUCGGGACCCCUUGCCCCUGUUUCUCAGCCUGGGGGAAACACGGGGCCCGACCCCCGCCGCCGCCGGGGCCCCCGGUCCCACCGCCGUGUUCUCCACCGACCUCCUCACCACCACCAACAAGGCCACAGACGGGGCGGACUCCGGCUUGGAGCGGUCCUGCAUCCCCAGCUACAGCUUAAACACCGGGGUUUACUGGGUGAGGGGCUCCGAGACCGGGUCGCGACUGAUGAACGGGUGGAUGGCCGUGAAGGCGGCCGGUUACACGGGUGACGACCAGCAGGGUCUCAAUCUGCUCGUACGAGGGGAUGUGGAGGGGGUGGUGGUGGGCUGCCUGCCCGUGUCGUCGUUCUCACACACGUACGCCUUCGCCACGACGGAGUUGCACAAGGUACGGCAACAUCCGCUGUACGAGGUGCACUGGGUUUGGGCCGGUAAGAGUCUGGAGAGCAAGCGGCAGUGCAUGCGGGACGCCCGAGUGUACGACGACCCGCCGGAGUACUACCGCCCGAGCCGCAUCAUGACAUUUGAACUGGAACAUGUGGAGCUGCCCCCCGGCUACAACACCUGGCCCGCCAGCCGUACGGCAGACAUGGUCACCUUCUCUCUGGCCGCCCUGUCCGCCCAGCUGCAGCAAGCCUACUGGGCCCUGGCCCUGGCUGCCGCGCUCAACAGGACACUGGUGCUGCCCAAGGCGAGUGAAGAAAGGCGGUGGUUCGGGUGUAGGGGUGGGUGGUUUCGAUGCUACUGCGCCAAAACCUGGUUUGCUACGUCUGCCUGCCGCAUCACCAGCGAGCGGGACACCGUAUUCCCCUUCACGUGCCCGCUGAGUCAUGUGUUUCGGGCCCGGCUGCUGUCGGGGGGGGAUCUCCGAGUGGCGGACCCCCUCCUAGGGGACAUAAGGCCCGGCGGGGGGUGGCGAGUGGCGGAGAGUGGGGAUCCGCGUGUCGAAGGAUGA